UCGCCCUCUAAGGAGGACCUUUCGGCAGCUGUAGUGCCGACGGGUGAGGGUGGGAGUGGUGGUAACGCUCCCGUAAUUAAGCAGGAGGAUCUACCUAAAUUCAUUGAACUGAGGCCGGACUGUUUUUAUUGUACACUUUGUGAUGCCCGGCCCCAGGCGUGGUCAUCUCUAGAGGGUCACAUUGCUGGUCAGAG